CGUGCAUAAGUCGACGACGGUCGCGCUAUCAAAGUUGGAAAUUUGCCUUCUUCUUACCUAAAUGCGAAAUUCGGUUUUGAAAAUUCAGUUGGCGUUCGACCAGCAAAUGCAACGAACGAUUUAUAGCGGCUAAACGGACCACAAAAUACAAUAUGAAGCAAAUACAAAACUUGAGCCCAAGUUGAAGUGAUAAAGCGAAGCACACGCUGCAGCGCUUAAAAGUGCUGCCUACAAAAAUUUGUGUUAAUUUGUGAGAAAAAACAAAAAAAAAAUUUAAAAGAAGUGUUAACGGUGAAUGUGAAUUUAAAGUGUUAAAAAGAUACUUUGUAUGAAAACUUUUAGGGACUUAGCGAGCUAAAGAAGCCGAUUGGGCAAUAACACGUCUCAAUUAACACGUGUGUUGCUGCUGUUGUUGGCUUUUUCCAACUUUUUUUUAGUUUUUUGCUGCUGCAUUGAAAAGAACCAAAUAAAUUCAAUGCCAAGAAAAUACUUAAAGCGGAAAUCUAUUUGUGCAAAUCAGCUAAAACUAAAUUAAUACUGAAAUCUGCCACAAUUGGGAUCUCCAAAAGAAAAGAAAAAACACAAAACAAAUGUAAAUAGAGAAAUACAAAAAAUACGAAAAUAUAAGACCAAAUAAAAGUUGGCAAGCAAAUAAAUUUGAAAACCAUAAAAUCAACACCCACAAUUCGUGAGAGUGCACCGAACAAAUCGAUGCAUUGAGCACCGAAAGAAGACAUUAGUCAUCGACUCAUCGAAAAUCCGUAUGUACAUAUAUACCGUUGUGCGGUCUAUCUACAAAUAUGUAUAUAAUAAAUAAAUAAACACGUGAAUGAUAUAACUGAAACAAUUGGCAUUACCGGAAGAUCAUAUGCGGACACAAAUAGACUAAAAGUGAAAAAGUGAAAAUCAGGAGGCAACCAGUUUGAACGUCCUGCGCUUCCCCGCGGUUCAAACAAACGAGACUCUCUACUGCAACACACGAAAAUCGCAUAAAUUACGGAUCAGUGAAAAUGUGCAAAAUCGCGACGUUUACAAAAUCCGUUAAGAAUACAACAAAUACAACGCACACACUAACAUUUCUCAAAUCCAAUUACAAAUACAAACGCAGAGUGCACACAAGCAUGACGCAUACGCACGCAACGCCAAGAGCGCGCCAACCACGGCGUCGCGCUGCCAUUGCGGGGGCAGAGGACCGCUGCGCUAAUGCCAAAAAUACAUUAAAUAAUGCAAUUAAUCAAAUAAUCAACACUAAACGAAUUACAUGUGAAAUUAAAUUAAUAUUUAAAUUAUUUAUUUUUUGCGUCGGCCAUCUACUGACGCACGCACCUUGCCAUACGCGCGACGACCGACGUCCGAGUGACAGCGUGGCGCUAACGCAGCGACGACAAGUCGUCGGCGGACGCUUUGAUGACACGAGCCAUCAACGACGAAAUUAUGACAAAGUGUCGAGCAGGCGAUGCCAAAUCGCGCAGCGUCUCCAUCAAUGGAGACAAAGACAGAUGCGUCAACACGCCAACAACAGCCAAACUCGGCUAGCGCCGCGGCAGCAACAACAACAGCAAGGUUUAUAUGUGAGCGGCUUGGCGUGUAAUCAAAGCAGCCGUCGCUGCAGUGACAGCAAUUGGCAAGAUUUAUCGCCGGUGGUCGCGCGGCUGUCAACAAAAGCAACGGCAACAGCAACAGCAACGACAACAACAACAAUGCUGCAACGGUGGCACACAUCGUCAGCGAGUGCCGGGAAUAGACGCCUUAAUGUGCUCUCAACACUGGCGGCAAUAUUAUUUAUGGCAUUGGCAUUCAAUGCGACGCCUCUAGUGGAUGCCGGCGCCUGCUGGCGUUCGUCACAAAGUAAUGGCAAAUGCAGCGAGAUUUACUUGAGGAACAGCACCAAAACCGAGUGUUGCCGCUACCCGGAGCUUUUCUACACGGAUCGUGAUGUUACCGAUGUAGAGUUCUUCUUCACAACAACCGUUGGUGAUGGAAUGACUUGCUCUCCUUGUGCGCUUAGCUGCAAGAGCAUGCAAUGCGGUUGGAAUAAGAAGUGUGUCAAGCGCAAGGGCCGUCCAAAGUGUGUCUGCGCACCGGAGUGUGGAGCGGCCAAGCGACACAAGCAACGGGGUCAACCGAAAAUUUACCGUGGACACGAAGCACACAACGAGCAGUUGCGAAUGAAUAGGCAUAUCAUCGCUGGCGCAUUCGGUGCCGGUGCUGCUGGUGAAGAAGCCGUUGAAGGCGACAGCGCUGCGGCAUUCUUCAACGAAGGCAAGUCGCCACGCGACAUACGUAGUUUAAGUAGCGAAAUUACAAAUGUUAAUUUAGGUGUUGAACACCAAAUGCAAAUACAAAAUCAAAAUCAAAACCAAAGAAAACUGAUUAUAAUGCAAAGUCAAAGCCAACAGAAGCCUCAGUUAAGUAGACGUGUAGAGAAACCGGGAAGACUUUUAAUAACGGCCAAUGUCGAACAUGACACAGAGAAACCCGUCCAACAGCGUAUACAGAUUAUUAGUAAUGUAAGAAUGAAUAGCCGAAAACAUCACAACCACUUUAGUCGCGACGCUUUCGAUGAUGAAUUCAACGACGAAGAGGAUGACGACGAAACUAACGAAGACGACAACGACGAGGACAACGAUGAUAAUGAUGACGAUGCUUUUGCUGUUGCGAAUAAUGACGACGAUGAUGAUUUGGAUGAUUGGUUGGAUGACGUCGUUGGCGCAGAAUCGACGGGCAAUCAUCGGCGUAGUAGCGAUGAUUCAACAAGAACACCACCGUUGGAGUCACGAAGAACCUACCAUUUGCCGUCUAGACAUAAGGCAAAUAAAAAUUCAAAUCACAACAAGAAGCGAAGACAACAUGAAAAUGAAAUGGAGCUCAGCAAGCGCCAGCAGGAGAAUAGCAACAACAACAAUUUCGCCAUAAUAAAACGUUUUCAACCGGCAGCAGCAUCCAGCGCAUCAAAUGCCAGACGGCUCGAGAACGCUCCAAAUCACGAAGAGGUGUUGCCACCAGCAGGCGAUACGGUGAAUGUUAAUAGUGCCAGCAACGGCAACGGCAACAACAAUAACAACUACAACGGCAAUAAAGGCAAAGGUAAGCACAACAUUGACGGCGGCAGACAACGUGAACGUCAUCACCAUCAGCAACGCAAACGCAAACAUCAGAAGCAACAACUACAACAACAACAUCAGAGUAGCCAUCAGCACAAUCACCGCUCACAUAAAAAGCACAAGAAGCUAAAGGAUCACAAUGCUAACAACAAUGACAACAAUGUGCGCACGCGCACCUCGUCUGCAACAUCCUCGUUGGCCGCGCACAACGAUAACAUACCGAUGGCAACGGCGGCAACAACAACAAUAGCAACACAAACGCCCAUAGUAUCAACAACAAUGGAGUGGCAGACAACAGCUGCUACCACUCCCGUAAAUUCCAUGUCGCCGUCUGAUGAUCGUCGUUUAUUAAAUCACGGAAGUCAUAUUGCAAAAUCAUCGCCGUCGUCGGCAGUGAAAAAGCAAAAAACCGGCACAUCGUCUGAGGCGUUUUUCGGUGCUGAUGCUGUUGGUGCUGGCGAUGGAGGUGUUGCCGCUGACGUUGGCAAAUCAUCUCUUAAUUCAGAUGACUCGACACUACUGGAUGGCAUAUACGAUGAUUUCAAUGUCUACGGAUUCCCGAAUCGCCAAUUUGAAGUAGCGGUAGAAAAUUUCCAUGGCCCACAUCCGGUUUGCGGCACAGAUGGUCGCACUUACAACACGGAAUGUCAAUUGAAGAAACGCGCCUGCCGCACCAACAAUCCAACGCUGGCUGUGGCAUAUCGAGGACAUUGUCGAACUUCGUGCAACGGCGUGAAAUGCCUCAACGGUCACACAUGUGUCGAAGAUCAAUACACAAUACCCCACUGUAUUGCUUGUAAAAUUGAUUGCCCUGAAGAUGAUGCGGCCGCCAUAGCAGCGUUGCCAAUCGAUCCGUCGCGCGCGGUCUGCGGUGUGGAUGGAAAGACAUAUCGUAGUGUUUGUGAUAUAAACCGAAUGAUUUGCAAAAGUGGUCGGUCCAUUGCCGUUGCAUAUCCGGGACCAUGCCGAGACGAUCGUCCCACUUGCAGCGAAAUCAACUGCGGCCGCAAGCACACCUGCCUGGUGGAUUUGCUGACGCUGGAGCCGCGCUGUGUCUCCUGCAGCUACAAAUGCGCGCGCAAGCGUCGACCAACGUCGCUGCGCUUUGAGGAGGGCAAAAUAUGCGGCGUCAACAAUCGCACAUACAACUCGUGGUGUGAAUUGCGGCGCGACUCCUGUAACACCGGCUUUCUCAUCGACGUCAAAGCACCUGGCGAAUGUCAUUAAAGAUGAAUAACGGUAAAAUGGCAUUUAACAAAAGCGAAAAGGAAAAAAUACAAAAACAUAAAGCGUAGAACGGCUAUCUAUUUGUAGUUGUUAAGAAAAAGGCUUUUAGCAAAAAUCAGUAGUACUAAAUUUACCCACCCAGAUACUCACACACAUACAUACAUACUCGCACAGCCACACACACACAUAUAUAUGAAAAUUAAACAACAUUAGUUUGUCUUCCAAGCAGCGCAUAUCUCCAAAACGCUUAACUUGCGGCACUCACACAUACAUACACACGCACACACACAUUAGCAGUUGUCGGUGCGUCUGUAUGUGUUUGCUCUGGCCGCUAAGCUCCUUUUUGUGCCGUAACCCCGUCAAAUUGUUCGUUUUCCACCUUAGUCCUUAGAUACUUCCAAAGAGAAUGUAUGUUUAAAUGUCACACAUACACAUACAAACAUCGAUAUUGACAGUUUUAAACGUAUUUAUAAUAGUGUGUAGUAGAAUGAAGGCUUAGUUUAUGACGUGCAUAUAUAACUAACGACGCUGUAAUUACAUAAGUUAGCCAAUUUAGAGAUUUACAACGACUUAUAAAUGCUUAACGCCCCCACACAAACACACACACAUACACAUAUGUUUCAUGCAUAUAUAUAUAUACAUACAUAUAGCGUUGUAUAUAAGUAUAUGGCAGCCACUUAUAACUUACUUAAACACACUUGACCACAAAUCUAAAAAUUACAACAGCAAAAACAUAUCUUAAGAGGCUUUUAAAAUAAACACACACACAAUAUAACACACAAUAAAACCUACACAAUUAUAAUCGAUCAACACACAUACACACAUACACAUAAACACAUAAAAUUUCCAUAAACACCCAUACAUAUUUAAUUAGCGUAAAUGAAUUAGUAGUUUAAACAAAUCUAUAGUGUAUAAUUAAAAAAAUUAACUUAUUAAUUAUCAUAUUAAUUAUUAUUAUGAAUAUAAAUAUUAUUAUUAAAUGUCAGUGUUGAUUUAUUAUUGAUGCAAGCACUCUUACAUACAUACAUUAACAUUAGGGUGGGCAAAAAAAAAUAUAUAUAUAUGUUAUAUACUCGUAUUAAUUUUUUUCCUUUGAUACCGUGAAAAAGUCAAGUUUGAGCGCUUAAUAUUAUUAUUUUUUAAUCAUGUGGUUUUCAAGCAGAAAUAAAACGCUUAAAUUUAAUGUUGAUUUCGAGCAAUUGGUCGCGUAUUCUUUUCCUCUUCGACAAUUGGUUUUUGUAAGCUCGCAAGCCCAGAUCUUUCCGCGAAAUCUUCCAUAAAGUGAAUGUGCUCAGCUCCAAUUGUUGCGCGCGUUGGCGGUUGGAUUUCUUCAGGUCUUCUUCCAUACUCUGCUCCAUUUGAACUAAUUAUUCUAUAGUUAAGACUUAUUCUUAUAGAGCAUUUCACGAUCCACAAAAAAAGUUCAUCCGCCAGAGUCCAACCUUAAGUCGUGAAAUAUAUACGCUGCUGAUCAUUAGGUUAGACGCACGUUUAGUUGCAUUACAAUUGUUUAAAUAUUUAUUAAUUUAAUGUUGAUUGAAAAAAAUUUGAUAUGCAAAAACAUGGGUAAAUUAAUGGUACUUUAAAUAUAAUAUUCAAAUGAAUUUCCAAAUUUAACAAAAUUGUGUUUUCAAGCAUUUUCUUAAAGCUACUCAAAGAAAGGUGCUUUUUUCUUGGUCAUUAGAAUAGACGCACUUGAAUUUUAAAUUAUUGAUACGAAAAUAUUUCUUUUAACUUAAAUUUUUAGUCCGUGUUAAUAUUUGAUUUCUUAAAAAUAAAAUAAAAAUAAUUUCAGUAAUUCAUCCGUUGUUGGUAAUAACUUCAUACAUCCGGUUCUUCAUAGAAUGAUAUAGGAAUAAUGACACAGGGAUUAAUGUUGACUUAUCUUCAUAUUGCUUUCCUCCUUCGUAUACCUUACGUAUUAGCCAGCCCCAAACAUUUUCAAUUACGUUAAGAUCUGGAGAAUAUGAUGGCCAGGUCAUGACAUUAACUUUUUGACGCUAAAUAAAUGACUUUACAACUCGAGCGUUAUGAAUAGGAGCAUUGUCUUGUUGAAAAAUCAAAGGAAUUGGUCCAAAGAAAGCACUUAAUUUUUGACAUACGGACUGCAAAAAUAUUUUUAAUUAAUUUAAUUUAAUUCUGAUUGAUAAAAAUCAAGUCAAUUGUUCCAUAAAACGUAAUGGCACCCCACACCAUGACUCCACCUUCUCGGCUGUGGUGGCGACUUAAAUAUUAAAAGCGGUCAGGGCCAUUUAAACUAAAACGUUUUUCAUCAGUAAAGACAACUAAAAGCCAAUCGAUAAAUGCUAGAUUGAACAGUCCACGUCAUUUAUUCUUUCACGAAUCAAAGCCAUUUUUCUAUGCGUAUUUCAAUCAGAUGGGGUUUUUUCUUGAUUUUCAAACGCUUUUGGUGUUCUUGUUUUCUAAUUGUACCUUGAACAUUUGAAAGACUUGUUUUUCCUUCGGCUAAUUCCUUAAUCUUAGCUGCAGACUUAGUCGAAUUUGAAGCAAUACUAACAAUUUUUCGUACUGAUUGUUCAGAUAGAGCUUUCUGUUUUCCUUUAAAGUGUUUUCCAUAGGCCUCUGGAUCCUUAAAAUAUCUCUCAACGGCGUUGGAGCUGCGUUUUAUCUGUUUGGCAAUGUUUUGAUUGAAUAGUUCUUGGGAAUAGUAGCUUUUCCCAUUUUUACUUUAAAUGUAGCUCGAAAACAAUUAAUUUGUUUAUUUUUAGUACUUCCUCAAUAGAAAAAAAUGCACUUGUUUCCACAAGACAAAGAAAUGUAAAGUGCUUCUUUUUCAAUGAUCAACCGAAAACACACGUGAUUGCCAUAGACAUUUCUGGAAUCUUCAAAUGUUCAGUAACUUUUUCACAAAACAACCAACCGAGCAAAUAUUUUUCAGACAAGAUUCAAACUUUGAUAAGAAAAGCGUUUUGUACAAUAAGAACAAGCAUGAUUAUAAAUACAACACUUUAUUAAAAAAAAAGUUGGCGCGUCUACCCUAAGACCAGCAGCGUAUUCUUUAAUUUUUUAUAUUAAUUCACAUACUUAAUAAUGCUUAAAAUCCUAAAAUAAUCCAUUUUUUAUGAAUAUACAAUAAUUUGUUCAAAUGAAUUGAACAUCCAAAUAAAAUAAGAAAAUAUUCCUGUGUUAUUUGUAUGGAAAAUCAAAAUGCGCCUCCUGUCAAUAUUAUUAUUAAGAACUCAAAAUUUACUAAACUUGUUUCCGUCGUCUCGGCUAAUAAUUCAACGGUAUUCAAGAAAAAAAAUAAAAACAAUUUUUAAUAUUAAAAAAAAUUUUUUUUUUGCCCACCCUAAUAUAGUAUGUAAAUUAGGGUGUGUCAAAAAAUAUUUUUUUUACCGCUUCGUACUCUGAAAAAGAGGUUCUCCAAAUAUGAGCUCUUAAUUCUAACAGGAAUCCACAAAACGAAAUAUUUUUUCAAGUUGUUGUAAGCGAGCUAAAAAUUUUUUCAUCUGAUAGUAAGAAAAAAAUAGAAAACCGUUAGGUGGAUGGCCUCUCCAUUACAAUUAAGAGGCUUGGCUGAAGAGCCUGUCUUAGAGGCCUCUGUCGACCAAUUUUUCAGCGUACCAAGCGAGAAAGAAAUAUUCGAAUUCUGUUGACCCACCCUAAUGCACAUGCAUAUACACACAUACAAUAGUUAUAUGAACAAAUAAACCUACACACACAUACAUAUAUAUAUAUAUACACGUAUAUCGAUUGUAUUAAUUAACAAUUAAAUUUUAAUUAACUGACUGAUAGAUUAACCGCAAUAAAUUAGUAUGAAAUUUAAUUGAUUGUUGAAAGUUGUAAUUUAAAUUAGCGCAAGCAAGAAAAUGAUUAUUAUUACUUAUAUAUGUAUGCAUAUGUAACACUUAAUUACAUAAAGAAAAUAUAAAAAAACAUACAAACAUACUUAACUAACCCAACUCUCUAUGUGCGAAUAUUAAAGAAAUUUAAAUAAAGAAAUUAACUCAAAAGUAGCGGAAACACA